AUGGGUGCUCAUAAUCCAAAUCGCACCCUGUCGAAUGCGCCGCCGUCCUCGAAGUCUGACGCGCUCCAAAAUAGCAGCUGGAACACGCGAAGAUGGACUGUCCAGGAGUUUCUCGCUCCUAAAAUUGUUCUCUUACCAAGUAGACUGGACACUCUCGAUACCGGUUUUUCCGACCACAAGGAGUCUGUCACUAUCAUGCAGUAG